AUGCUGUCUUGCAACAGUUCACUUGGCCAAUUAAUACCUAGGUAUACAUCUUGUGUUAAUUCCGUUACAGCCAAAAAAUGUGAUAAAAGUGAUUUAGAACUCCUUCAUUCAAUGUACACAUAUGAUCUAACAAGAACUGGGUUAUCCAACGCAUUACCAAAUAUGACUAUAGAGGAAUGCAAAGUUUUAGUUCAAAAAUUUGCCGAUUAUUUGUAUUUCACUCCCAAGGAAACCGAAUAUCUCACAAAUAACCUAGAUAAACCAGUUGAGGAAUUGACCCAUGAAUUACCGUUAAGAACACAACAUUCAAUCACUUGUAAAAUACGUGAGUUGAGUAAAAGGAUUUCAAAGGUGAAAGUGGAAUCAUCGGAAUUGAAGCAUGGACCACUUACUGAAGAUGAAAGAGAGUAUUUGCAAACUUGUAUUAAUAAUGAUUUAACAUUAAGUGGUCUUGAAGAAACCUUCACUAAUAGACCUAUUGGAGAUAUUAUCCGACUAAUAAAAGAAGAAAAUGAUUCUAUACCAUUUACUUCUGGAGAAAAGGAAUUAUUAAAAGCAAAUAUCAAAAAUAAGAUUUCCGUGGAGGAAUGUCUUGAUGAUUUCCCCAUAAGAGAUGAAGAAUACGUCAGAGACAGAUAUAAAGAGUAUGAUUUUGUUUCCACUAGAGUUACCCAUUUCAACACCCCAGAAGAACGGUUAGUAUAUGAAGCAAGAUGGGCUAUGAUGAUGACUGGUGAUAGUACAUCUCGAAGAGCCAGUCGUAAGAGAAAGUUAGAAGAAGAUCUUGAAGAAAUGCAACGACAAUCAGCCAUAGUCGUGAAACCUGUAAAAGUUGAAUUAACUCCGGAAGAUAUUGAACGUAGAAAAGUCCAUGCACUCAAAAUCCAAGAGUCAAGAGAACGUAAAAGGUUAGAGGCUCUUCAAAAAAGGCUCGAAUAUCAAGCUAGGAAAGCUGCUGGAUUAAUUCCACAAAAACCUCGAAGUGAAGAUUCUAAGCAUUAUGGAUUGAAAGCACUUGUUUCUAGUUCUGAAUAUUUCCAAUCUGUGACUGGUGAUAAGAAAAAAGUCGAAGAAGGACAAAAGAGAAGAAGAAUACAAGCUGAACAUUAUACUCCUGAACUUCAUAUCAAAAAGAAAGUUGUUAGGUUGAAAACAACUGCUAGACAAGCAGAAAAGAAGAAACUUAAACAGGAAUUAAGGGAAAAGCAAAAAAAGAAGAAACUUACGGAAAAGGGUAAGCAACGUAAGAAGCCUGGUCCAAAACCAAAGAAAAAGAAGGAAGUUAAGGAGGAGUAUAUUGAAGAAGAAAUAGAAGACGAUGAUCCUACCCUGGAACCUGAAGAGGAGGAAGAAGAUUUUAUAAGUCCAUAUGAUCCAAUUGAUAUUAAUUCAGAUACGUUAAUUCCUUUGAACGGUCGUCAACUCUAUGUUCCAAGCUUUUAUGAUGAGAAACCAAGUGUUCCAAAAUUGAAUUUUGUUAAUGUUCCAGAAGAUUCUGUGACUAGUGAUGACAUGACUCCAUCCAAGAAAGUCAUGACUGACUUAAAUGAUGAUAUUUUAUUAGUUGAUAAUUUAGCGGCAGAGAUUGUUGCUACUCAUAACAAACAAUAUCGCGAUUUACCAAUUUCAUUCCCACCAUUCUUAAGUCCUCUAGGUAAAAUCAAUCCUUUGAAUGAAAUCAAGGUAAGGUUUUUACUUUAUCCACAACAUUGUGAACUGUUUAUUCUUGCCGAACCAAAAUCUAAUGAGUUGGAUCCAAUUUAUGAAAUUGUCAAAUUGUUUAUGAUUCAUUAUUCAUUAUAUUUUUCCCAUUCUGAUGUCCUUCGAGAAAUUAUCACUGAAGAUUAUUGUCAUAAAUUGGAAAAUUCCGUGGAAGAAAACGAUUUUUGUGAGUUCAUGAAUGUGAUUGAUAAAUGGAAUACCUUGAUGCUUAAACUUUCACCAAAUAGCAAUGCUGUGGAAGAAAUUUUAUCCAACAACAAAGACAUUAAUGCCGGCCCAAGACUGUACUUGGUUAGUCAGGAGAUCAAAACCGUGAUCAAUGAUGAAGACUUGAAAUUAGAAACUUUCUAUGGAGAAAUCAUGCUUGAAUCGGUAAGUCCAUCAUUCCAACUACUCAGAGAGUUGUCCUUGGAUGAAAAGAAUGAACCGCGAGCUGAAGUUGGACCCGGCCAUGCUGUUGUGCCAAUCAAUGUUUCUGAUGAAGUCAAGGAUUUAAAACCGGACAAUUAUGAAGAAACUUUGUUCAAGAGAUUCCAAGAGAAAACCACCGUGUCGAGAUUCACAAUCCAACAAAUUCUUUUACGUGUGUAUUCCCGAAUUGUUUCUACUGAUUCGAGAAAAUUACGUUCUUACAAAGCAUUCACUGCUGAAGUUUAUGGGGAAUUGUUACCUUCAUUUACCAGUGAAGUGUUGGAAAAAGUCAAGUUACUUCCAACUCAAAAGUUUUAUGAUUUGGGUUCGGGAGUGGGUAACACUACAUUCCAAGCUGCAUUAGAGUUUGGAGCUUGUUUAAGUGGUGGGUGUGAAUUAAUGGAACAUGCAUCGAAAUUAACCAAUUUGCAAACUGGAUUAAUUCAAAAACACUUGGCCAUCUUGGGAUUGCCAUCUUUGAAAUUAGAUUUCGCCUUGCUGCAAAGUUUUGUUAAUAAUGAAGCAGUGCGCAAUGUGUGUCUUGAUUGUGAUGUAUUGAUCAUCAACAAUUAUUUAUUUGAUGGAGAGUUGAAUGCUCAAGUUGGUAGGUUAUUAGUUGGUUUACGUCCAGGUACGAAGAUCAUCAGUUUGAGAAAUUUCAUUAGUCCAAGAUAUAGAGCUACUUUUGACACUGUGUUUGAUUAUUUCCGAGUUGAAAAACACGAAAUGAGUGAUGUUAUGUCUGUUAGUUGGACUGCUAAUAAAGUUCCUUAUUAUAUUUCCACCGUGGAAGACAAUAUUUUGCCUGAAUAUUUAAGUAAUGACUUUGAAAGAUCAGUUACUCCAAUAGUUAGACUGGGAUCAACUACCACUAAUGCUAGUGACAGUGUUAGCGCAAGUGUUAGUGUCAGUGCUACCGUCACACCCCAGCAAAGUCCUCAACAUAGUCCCGUUCCUUCAAACAGUCCCCCAACUUCUCCUUCCGCAUUAAAGUUUAUCCUUGAUUAG